CCGGUGUCUGCUGGAGCUGCGAGGCCGCGGCCGGAGCUCCGGCCCCUUUUCAGGUAAAGGCGUGGCUCUGGGCGGGCGAGCUUUGUUCCAACUACAGCUACACCUGCCGGCUCAGUCGCCAGCGAUCCGGGUCUGUGGUCUAGAGCGUUUUUUUCUUGUGAAACUUUUUUUUUUUAACCACGCAAAUGGAUCCGUUCACGAACGCACGAGCCCACGUCACGUGGAUAUUGUGUGAACCGUAAUGAGUCCUAUUCGAGGCUUGACCCUUUGGACGGACGACUGGAGUUAGGGUCAGGGUGGUUUCAGGAUAACUGCUCACUAAAGACGGGGUACAGUGGGAGGGUCAUGGCUUUGUCUCAGAUCCAGUGCCUGGACGACCACCACGUCAACUGGCGCGUGAGCGAAAGCAAACCAGAGUUUUUCUACAGCGAGGACCAACGGCUCGCGCUCGAGGCUCUCAUCGCCAACGGUCGCGAUGAGUUCACGGACUACGUUCACAAGUGCGGCAUCCGGGAGUUCCUCUCCGAGCCGGAGCUGGAGCGCAUUGCUCUCUCGGCGGAGGCCUACCGGCCCGGGUACGAGCAUCUGAAGCCGGAGACGCCAGGCCCGGGUAACUUGACUCCGGGGCCGGGGGAAGAAGGAGAAGAUGGGGAGGUGUCGCUCGCCUACUGGCCGGACCGGUCCGAGGCCUCGGUGGCGGAGCUGGACCUGGGGUGGCCUGAAUCCAUCUCGUACCGUGGGGUGACGCGAGUGACCGUGUACACACAACCUCCCACCGAGGGCCAAACGCACAUCAAGGAGGUGGUGCGGAAAAGCAUCGCAUCAGCUCAGAAGGUCAUCGCUGUGGUGAUGGACGCCUUUACAGAUGUAGAUAUCUUUCGGGACCUUCUGGACGCGUCCUACAAACGCAGAAUACCUGUGUACAUAAUCAUCGACAUGGCCGCAGUUCCCAGCUUUCUAUCCAUGUGUGGCAGAGUGGAUAUGCACCGUGGGCAUCUAAAGAAUCUGCGAGUGCGAUGCUGCGGAGGCGUGGAGUUCUUCACGAGAUCGGCCCAGAAGGUGCGUGGUUCUCUGAGCGAGAAGUUUCUCCUGGUGGAUGGAGACAGAGCCAUCUCUGGUUCAUACAGCUUCACCUGGUCCUCAUCUCGUUUGGAUCGCAACCUCAUCACUGUGAUCACAGGGCAGGCGGUGGAGACCUUCGACAUUCAGUUUCAAGGCCUCUACCUCAUGUCACGAGGCGUGUCCCUCAACAAGGUUCAAAUGGGAGACGAGCCAGUCCCUGACCCGCUCCCUCAGCUGGCUCCUGCUCCCGUCUCAGCUGCUGUGGCCAGGAAGCUCAUCAAUCCCAAAUAUGCACUUGUUGCCACUGGGACCCACACGAGUCCCGCCCCCUCUGACCAGAACUCCAGCAACAAGAACUCAAACCUGCAGAAUCCCACUGGGCUGAAAGUGCCAAAAGGACGUCUUAAGGAGGUUAUUGAAGAGCCAUCCCUACAUCCUGGGUUAGUCAAUCUGGAGAAAGCAAACUUGAUCCCAUACCUGCCCACUUGGCCAGAGCCAGACCCCCCAAGUGAUGUGAUUGGCUUCAUUAAUAUCAGAGAUGACAAAAGGUCCAAUCAGGUUCACUUGCAGAGGUCAGAAAGGUUUGAGAUCAGUCAGGCUAUUCGCUUCAGUGCACCCCUGACUGUACCAGCCCAGGCUGAGGAACAGGAUUCAAGUCAGGAUGCAGAAGAUGCACAAACAGCUGGAAAUGUGUCAGGGAGCACAAGCCCAAAAGCUGCUGUUCCCACAAGUCCUACAGAUAAAACUCUCAAACAGGACGGAGCUAUAAAUAAAGAUCAAACUGCUUGUACAGAAUCCUCUCAACAGCCCGACACAUCUCCAACACAGGACACACCCAAACCACAUGAAGACACAUCUGCAUUACCCUCUGAAGUUGCUGCUAAUACACAGCCUACAGACAGUGUUGCACAAACUCCAGAGACAACAACUGGAGCACCUCCUGUUCCCAAACGCCGCACGCUGCAGUUGGUCAUAGAUCCCACCUUGUCAGAGCAGCCUGGUGAGGCGCAGGUCACUUUGAUGAAAAUGGACCAACUGGACAGUCUAAACAAAGAGCUAAAACAGGAGCAGCUGACACCAACCCGCAGCCGAAUUUUAUCAAUGGGCCAAGACAGAGACUCUGGAAGCAACGAGGAGGGUAGCCAGGAUAGCACUAAGGUUAACUGUGACCGAAUGGUCAAUGAAGUCCCUUCAAGUGCUUCUGCAGGAUCAGAAGAGGAGUUUUAUGAUUGUUCGCCUCAGGAACCAAGCACUCCAGUUGUCAACGGGGGGCAGACGGGAUCAGGCCGAGGGCAUCGUCCGGGAGAUGGACUCAACAUGAUGGCCCGCUUCUCUCAAAGCAUGCUCGACCUGCGAGAGCCCAUACAGUCAGAGGACAGCAUUUCCCUUAUUCUUCUGUCUCAGCAGCUGCGCAGACAGAGCCACGACUCCCCAGGACACAAGAACACAGGACAGUUCUUUCAAACAUCACGAUCUCCUGCUCGUGACGCGAGACUGAGGGGACCCAAAGUAAUCAUCGCCAAACCAGGAAGUUAUCACCGCCCUCCCCAGGCAGCUGGCCUCGUGAUUGGAGGCCACCGUUACUGGCAGGGUCAAACGGCGCCUCCAGGUUCCACUCAGCUGCAUGUCGAGACCCGCUCUGGGCGGUCACCACGGCGACACAGCCCCGGCUACAGGAAGAUGGGUCGCUCGUCACCGCAGCCACCAGCCGACCGACUGGGGUUUCUUGGAGUGCCUCUGGCAAAACUCAGCAACUUUAGGAAUAUGAAAAUGCGAGGAGGAGCCAAUCAGAAGAAAGCACCUCAGAAUAACAAAGCUGUGAGGUAGAUCCGUGGGCCGGUACAGAACCGUGUUUGGAAAACGAACUUCCUGCUUAAAAACUGGUGAUGCUUCAGCAUGGGAUCCUUUCUGUCCGCUUUCUGAUUUGAAACCCUGCAGCGCAAGUACUAAAAUAACUAUUUAUGACCAUGAAUUUUACAUUUAUUUUGCAACCGCAAAAGAGUCUGAGCAAAAAUAACUUCUGAUAGUCAUCAGAUAUUUUUGUUUACAGACAUGCCUGAGAUGCCAUGAAAACUUAGUUUUACUGAAAUGUAGUAAAGUCAACUGGGGCACUUCAAUCCUGUCAACAAUAUCAAGAACAUUAAUUUCCAAAUUACCUCAAAUACUUUUGUUUCUUUUCAGUAUAAUCCAUGUCCGACACGCACAGUAUUCUGUGUACUUAGUGAUACCGAUCAUUUUACUAUUGAUAGCAGUGUAACUGGUGACACUGUCAAUGGACGGGGCUUUCAUGUUGAUUACUUUUACGUAUUUGUCACAGGUUAUUGAUCUGAGUGAAUGUAGAACUACUUUAAGUGUUGUCAUGGGCUAAAUCUGAACGUUUUGAAAUAAAAAGACAGAACUGUU